GAUUCUCGCUUUCCUCUUUAUCGCUCCUGUGACUGAAUGCGGGUCUGUCUUGCUUUAUAUGCAGAAAGUGCAAGAAAGUACAGUUAGGUGAAGUACAGCACACGGUUUGAACACGAUAAGCUGUCAACAUUUAUCCGUUCAGCAUGAAGAUAGGUAUUCAUCCAUUGACAGCAGAUCCAACAGCAGCCUGGCACGAGUUAUCUCAACAUCAAAAAGUCGUUAAAAUAAAUACUAAAUUGCCGACGACAGAAGCACCAAGCGAUAAAUUACGGGUGGUAUGUAUGAGCGACACGCAUUCGCUCACACCAUACAUAAAUUUUGACAUACCCGCCGGUGACGUUUUCAUCCACGCCGGGGAUUUCACGAAAUGCGGUAGUCUGCAAGAGGUUAUAGAUUUUAAUAAUUGGAUAGGUAAUUUACCACACAAACACAAGAUAGUUAUAGCUGGAAAUCAUGAGCUUAGUUUUGAUCCAACGUUCACACAUCCCUUUUCCGUGCACACUAGUGGAGAUCGUCAAAAACAUACAGGAACCAGCAUACUUGACAAUAUACCCACUCUGGGUAUGUCGAAAGACACUCUUGCUGAAGCUAUUAAAACUACUAAUGUUAAAGAUUAUUUGACAAAUUGUAUAUAUUUGGAAGACUCUGAGAUUACAUUGCAUGGGAUUAAGAUAUAUGGUACUCCAUGGCAACCAGAGUUUUGUAAAUGGGCAUUUAAUGUACCGCGUGGAGAACCAUGUCUCUCGAAAUGGGAAAUGAUACCAUCAGACACGGAUAUCCUCGUAACGCACACCCCUCCUGUAGGUCACGGUGAUCUGUGCUGUAGUGGAGUACGUGCUGGAUGCGUGGAAUUGUUGUCGACGGUGCAAAAUCGAGUAAAACCCAAAUAUCAUGUUUUCGGACAUAUACAUGAAGGAUAUGGCGUAUCUUCAGAUGGCAAAGUAAUAUAUAUCAAUGCGUCAACGUGUGAUUUGAAUUAUCUGCCAAGUAAUCCACCGAUAGUAUUUGAUAUAACGUUACCUUCUGGUAUUCAAAAAUCAUAAACUAUCAUUUGAGAUGAUGUCCGAUACUAUCAACGUAUACUUCAUUGCAUAAUAUUACAUCACGAAAGUACUUCUAAUUUUUCGUACAAGCUAAAAAAACCCUAUGUGAUGGGCGUGCAACAUAUAGGAGUUUCUUGCCUUAAUUUAAAUCCUAUAUGCAAAGCAUGUAUAAAGUAUAUAAUAUAGAUUUUAAUUUAUAUCUUUCUUUUUCACACGAUUUGUAAUACCUUAAUGAUAUUAAACAAGAUCUAAUAUAA